GCAGAUGUCACCUCCCAGAGUAUCCAACAGCAGUAAGCUCUGCAGGCUCGAUCCUGUACUGGAUGAUAGCCUCCUGAGGGUAGGUGGCAGACUACACCGAUCCGCAAUGCCAGAUGACACUAAACACCCCUGCAUCUUGCCCACAGAUUCACACAUCUCAGUGCUGUUGCUACGACACAUUCAUGAACGCAGUGGACACAGUGGCAGAAACCACAUGCUCUCAGAGCUUCACAAGAAGUACUGGAUCAAAAAGGGCAACUCAGUAGCUAGGAAGGUGAUCUCCAAAUGUGUCACAUGCCGCCGUAGGAGAGGCAAAGUUGGUCAGCAGAAAAUGGCAGACCUGCCGCUAGAAAGAAUCCUACCUGACCUCCCACCCUUUACCAAUGUAGGACUGGACUACUUUGGCCCAAUUGAGGUGAGACGAGGGAGAAGCACCAUCAAAAGAUUUGUGUGCAGGAGAGGCCAAGUCAAGCACAUCAGGUCUGACAAUGGGACGAACCUGGUGGGUGCGCAUGCAGAGCUGAAGAGGGCGCUGAUGUCUCUCCAUCAGAAGAAGAUCCAAGAUGCCCUGCUUCCUGAUGGCGUUGAAUGGAGCUUUAACCCACCUGCUGCAUCACACCAUGGCGGAGUCUGGGAAAGACUCAUUCGAUCCGUCCGGCAGGUGCUCAACUCCACUCUCCAUCAGCAAACCACAGACGAUGAAGGCCUUCAAACCCUGUUUUGUGAGGCAGAGGCCAUCCUGAACAGCCGCCCCCUCUCCACAGUGUCCUCAGACCCCCAUGACCUGGAACCGCUGACCCCCAAUCAUCUCCUUUUGUUGAAGACCACGCCCACUCUGCCCCCUGGAAUCUUCCAGAAGUCUGACGUCUACGCCAAGCGCCGCUGGAAACAGGUCCAGUACAUGGCUGAUCUCUUCUGGCUUCGAUGGACUAAAGAAUACCUCCUCCUGCUCCAAGAGAGGCAGAAAUGGACAGGCACGAAGAAGAACUUCAACAUCGGAGACAUUGUGCUGGUCGUCGAUCCCACUGCUCCACGAGGGUCCUGGCCAUUAGGAAGAGUCCUGGAGACCAUAUCGGACGCCAAAGGCCUGGUCAGGUCUGUGAAGUUGAAGACCAAGACGUCAGUCCUUGAGAGGCCCAUUACCAAGCUGUGCCGGAUUCUUGAGGCUGAUGACGAAUCCUGA